GCAACCAAGAAAUGCAAAUUAAAUGCAGCUUUGCUUUUGAUAGAAUCGGACGUGUAGCGUUUCUUUGCAAUGUGAUUUCCGUGGUCGCGAAUGAUCUGUGCGGAUUAUAUAAGUCGAUUAGGGUCCACGUACCUUACAGAAAAUCCUCCACGAGUGCCACCCAAUGGAAUGCCAGCCGAUCAAAUCCAAUACUCGGAGAAGUACUUCGAUGACAACUUUGAAUACAGGCACGUAAUUCUUCCACCGGAUUUGGCCAAACAUGUGCCCAAGGCGCAUCUGAUGACCGAGACUGAGUGGCGCAACCUGGGCGUGCAGCAGAGUCCCGGCUGGGUGCACUACAUGGUCCACGCGCCGGAGCCUCAUGUGAUUCUAUUCCGCCGCAAACGCAUUUCGGCUGAGGACGCGCCACAGGUGGCUGCGGCAAAUGCAGCGCAGGCCAUUGCGAAUCUGUGCGGUUAGCCAGGGAGGAUCCUCCCAAGAAUCCCUCUUCCAAGGACACUAAUCAACACUCACGCAGUAUUUCAUAAGUUAGCAUCAGAAACACUGAUGUAAAAUUAAUACCCAUAGCUUUAAGAGCAGUUCAGCUGGCAAGUUCAAAGACACGAAACGACAUGAAGACGUCGUUUCUGUUAAUUUCAUUAAGUUUAUUUACCUAAAAUACAAAUCGAAGUGUACGCCAUGUGUACACUGUACAGACAGUUUAAAA